UCGCAAUUUAGCCGGAUUUUAGUAGUGUGAAGAGAACAGACCUUAGGAUUAAAAUUUUAUUUCCUAUUAAAAUAACAAAAAGUAAAGCCAAAAUACAUGAAAAAAGAAUACAAGGAAAAAAAAUACAGAAAAAAAAUGGAAUUAAAAAAAUAAGUGCAACAAGAUUUGAACCGUGACCAUGCACACAUACAUAUUACAUAAUGUAUUAUACUUCGUAUAAAAUCAAGGGGUGGGCCGUGCUAAGAUUCUUGCCGAAAAUGGAAACAUUUUUGACAAAUUACAAUGCUUCCAAAAUCUAUUAGCCCUCGCUAAGAUCGUGCGUGUAAUGAAUAGUCCAAAUGGUUUCCUUUUACGAAGUAUUUUGUACUGAGAUAUAAAGUUUACUUUGUAUAUAUAUAGCUAAUUCUACGGAGUAGUAAAUUAGUAAUCUCAUACUCUUAUCACAUGUAUUCAUUCUAGCUCCUUUCAUCAAAUUUUUUGAAGUCUAGAUCAACAAAAACAUCACAGAACAACGUAACUAUCCUUCCAUGGCUUUCAUCAUUUUCUUAACCCUUGCUAUAACAAUUUUCUUCAUACUUAUUUUUCGUAUCAUAACAUCCUCUCCAGGCUCAAAGCUUCCUCCGGGUAAAACCGGGUGGCCAAUACUCGGAGAAAACUUGAGUUUCAUGGUAAAUCCGGCUAAAUUUAUAAGUGAUCGAAUGAAGAAGUACUCUGCUAACAUCUUCCAAACGUCGUUGGCCGGUGCAAAAAUGUCCAUUUUUUGUGGUGCCUCGGGUAACAAGUUCAUUUAUUCAAACGAGUCAAAAUUCAAGACGUGGUUACCACCUACGCUUGUAGAUGUUCUUUCAUUAACGAACAUUGACUCUACUUCCUCACCAUGGAAGCUAUUCGACGAGCAACUACACAAGUUUCUUAGGCUCGAGUCGAUGCAACAUUACGUGCCAAUUAUGGAUACUAAGGUACGCGAGCAUUUAGAGAAGCAUUGGGCACCUUUUAACCAAGUAAAAGUCUUACCAUUAUCAAAAGAGUUCACUAUUUCCUUGUUUUGCAAUUUAAUUUUGAAAAUCUAUGAUAGUGAUCAAAUUAAAGAAUUGGCUAAGCCCUACCAUACCUUGGUCAAGGGGAUCAUAUCAGUGCCUUUAAAUCUCCCCGGAACCCCAUACAACCAUGCUGUAAAAGCAUCAAAACUUAUAAGAGAUAAGCUAGUAGAAUUAGUUAGGCAAAGAAAAAUGGAGGUCUUAGAAAAGAAAGAUCAUGUGAAUGUUGAUGAUGUUGAUUUUUUGGGUGGGUUGCUUAGGGCAUCGAUUGAAGGCGGUGACUUUAUAAGCGAGAUGGAGUUAGUUGGCAAGAUUGUAGCACUCUUGUUUGCUGCUUUCCAUACAACAAGCAACACCAUUACAUUCUUAAUGGCUCAUCUUGCUGAAUAUCCUGACGUGUACGAAAAAGUUUUACAAGAACAAUUGGAGAUUGCACAAUCAAAAGAAAAAGGGGAGCUACUAAAUUGGAAGGAUAUUCAGAAAAUGAAGUACUCGUGGAAUGUAGUUUGUGAAUCGAUGAGACUUAAGCCACCCGGCCUCGGAGGCUUUAGAGAGGCUUCCACAGACAUCCAUUACGGUGGCUACACAGUUCCAAAGGGGUGGAAGGUUCAUUGGUCAGUUUAUUCAACACACAUGGAUCCAGUACAUUUUCCAGAGCCAGAGAGAUUCGACCCAUCACGAUUUGAAGAGAAACAAGGUCGUGGUGUAUAUGUACCUUUUGGAUCAGGACCUCAUAUGUGUUGUGGAAGAGAGUAUGCUCGAAUUAAGGUUCUCGUUUUCCUGCAUAACGUAGUAACUCGAUUUAGACUUUCAAAAGCAAACCCAAAUGAAAGGGUAAUCUAUACUCCAGAUCCAGUCUUCGUCGAUGGCCUACGUAUCAACCUUCGUUCUCAAAAGGAAUAAGAAAAGGAUGAUAAGUAGUUAAAAAUGUAUUUCGUUUGAUUGCUGUAAUAGUUAUCUCAAUUACUCUUUCCUAUGAUUCUAUAUAAGAAAAAUUGGUAUUAUUAAUCUCACGUUUGGGUUAAUGUGUCAAUGUUAUAAAAGUUACUCUGUGUUUUUAUAA